AGCUUGUCUGUACUCCAGUACCCUCCCCUGAAACUUGCAAAUCACCAGCCUGUGUCACCACAGGUCACCUGCCUGCGUGCCAAAGUCUGGAGGAAGGUGAAGCCAGUUCGUUAGAAGGCACCCCAAUCUUGGCAAAGAUGUUUCCUCAUGUUCCUCUGACGCCAGCGAGCCUGAGUCUGAGUCUGAGCUUGGAGCCCUUCUCCAGAGCAUCGGUUUAUACUUACGGAAAAACGCAAUAGAUGGCUGGGAUCUCAGCUUUCAGCAGCUUCUCCCGACACCGGCCAUGACUCAGACAAAUUGGACCCAAGUUUACCUAAUGUUUGGCAGACUCCUCCAGUUGUGGCCAAGAGAUGAUGCCCCGGCCCCGGCCCCGGCCCUGGCCCCGCCCCGACCCCACAGGAACAGGGCAGCCCCAGAUGUGCCCACGAUAGACACUGGGUAUGAUUCCCAGCCAGAUGUCCUGGGUAUCAGGCAGCUGGAGAGGCCAUUGCCCCUAACCUCCUCAUACCUGCAGGAUCUCCCUGGGCCUCUGAGGUCCAAGGAAUUUCCUCAGUUUGAACUUCAGAGGUAUCCAGCGAAUGCACAGAUGCUGCCUCUCAAUCCUUCCCCACAGGCUCCGUGGAACUAUCAGUACUACUGUCCCGGAGGGCCCUAUCACCACCAGGUGCCAGAUGGUCAUGGCUACCCUCCAGCAGCAGCCUACCAGCAAGUCAUCCAGCCUGCUCUGCCUGUACAGGCCCUUCCCGGGGCAAGGGUGAGAGGCCUGCGCCCUGUGCAGCAGGUCAUCCUGAAUGACUCCAGCCAGGACCAAGAAGAGAGGCCCGCACAGAGAGACUUCUCUUUCCCGAGGCUCCCAAGGGACCAGCUCUACCACCCUCUGGCUAAUGGAGCUGGAGCUUCUGAGGAAUCCUUGGACCAUCCUGCAGAGCUGAGAGCACAUGGUCCCCAGGCUCCAUCCCCAGCUGCUGUGCCUAGACCCCCUAGCAACCCCUUAGCCCGAGGAACUCUAAAACCCAGCAAUUUGCCAGAGGAAUUACGGAAAGUCUUCAUUACCUAUUCUAUGGACACAGCCAUGGAGGUGGUGAAAUUUGUGAACUUUCUGUUGGUGAAUGGCUUCCAAACUGCGAUUGACAUAUUUGAGGAUAGAAUCCGGGGCAUUGAUAUCAUUAAAUGGAUGGAACGUUACCUUCGAGAUAAGACAGUGAUGAUAAUCGUAGCAAUCAGCCCCAAAUACAAACAGGAUGUGGAAGGCGCUGAGUCGCAGCUGGGAGAGGACGAGCAUGGCUUACACACUAAGUACAUUCAUCGGAUGAUGCAGAUUGAGUUCAUAAAUCAGGGAAGCAUGAACUUCAGAUUCAUCCCUGUACUCUUCCCAAAUGCCAAGAAGGAACACGUGCCAACCUGGCUUCAGAACACUCAUGUUUACAGCUGGCCCAAGAAUAAGAAAAGCAUCCUGCUGCGGCUGCUCCGAGAGGAAGAGUACGUGGCCCCUCCCCGGGGCCCUCUGCCCACCCUUCAGGUGGUACCCUUGUGACCACAGCCAUCUCCAGUCAGUGCCAGCCUGUUCUCACAGCAUUCUUCCAGCCGAGCUGGUUGGUGGCACUCAGACCCCGGAACACCUCUUCUACAGAGUUCCCUGUCCCCUGAGUCUGAGCUGUCCUCGCUGGGCUUCCAGUGCUUCAGUGAGUGGAUACUACAGGUGCCAGCAGCAAACGCCUAUGACCACAAACUCCCUCAUCACCUCAGCUACUUCUAUGAGUUGGCCAGAUGCUCUGUGUCCAUAGACCAGUCUGAAUCAUGCUCAAAUAAUAAAAUGAUUAUUCUUUGUAA